CAGAGGGUCAUGGUGAAUGACGUCAUGCGCUAAAGAUGGCGGACGGAGAAGGAGGAUGGUGGGGGGGCUGGCUAACACAGAGCUUCCAGACCGUCAAAGAUAAGUCAGCUGAGGCAUUAGAAUUUAUCAAACGGGACCUGACAGAAUUCUCCAGCGUGGUCCAACAUGACGCGACGUGCUCUAUUGUUGCCACAGCGAACGUCGUAAAGAACAAACUGGCAGUGGAAGGUUCAUCAGAAACCGCAGAAAAAGUGAAGAAAAGCAUUUCUAAUGUUUUGGGCGUGAUCACAGACACUUUGUCCCCUCCCCCAGACAUGACCAUUGACUGUGAUGUCAUAACGCUGGUAGCCACGCCCACAGGCACAACGGAGGUGUACGACAGCAGCAAGGCUCGACUCUACAGCCUCCAGGCAGAUCCUGCGACAUACUGCAAUGAACCUGACGGCCCUCCACAACAGUUUGAUGCCUGGCUGUCCAGUUUCAGUCUGGAAGAGAGAAAAGCAGAAAUCUCUGAAUUGCUGGUCAAUAGUCCAGCCAUCAGAGCUCUCUACACUAAAAUGGUGCCUGUAGCAGUAGCACACUCAGAGUUCUGGCAGCGGUACUUCUAUAAGGUUUUCCAGUUGAAGCAGGAAGAGGCCAGGAGGGUGGCAUUAAAGCAGAGAGCAGAACAGACGGCUCACUCUGAGAAUCUCGGUUGGGAGGAAGAGGAUGAAGAAGGUGAGUUUCUCGGGGCUACGUCUACAUCUCGAUUAGAUUUCACCCCCCCUUGUGAGGAGGCACCAGAGACCACUCCAGAAAGAACCUCACCCCCUCAGGGGGUGGCUUCCCCCAGCAACGUAACAUCUGACGUCACCCCCUCUGCGAGCAGCGACAGCGUCAGUUUCCCCACCCAGAUCGAGAACCAGUCGGACCCCGUCACCAUCAGAGUGACCCAGACACCGCCUGCUGAGGAACAGCUCUCAAUCAAACUCUCAGAGGUCAGCGUGCUGGACAUGGUCCCAGAGGAGAGACCGUCAAAGCGUGAAGAGACCACCAAAGAGGAGGUACCUCAAGAUCUCCGAGUGUUUGAGCUUAACUCGGAUAGUGGCAAAUCUACACCCUCCAAUAACGGCAAGAAAGGUUCAAGUACAGAUGUGAGUGAAGACUGGGAGAAAGAUUUUGAUCUGGAUAUGACAGAAGAGGAGGUCCAGAUGGCUUUGUCUAAAAUAGAUGCAACAGAAGAGUUGGAGGAUGAGGACUGGGAAAACUGGGAAUGAUAACCUGGUGGUGGGAUUGCUGGCUUGACAUCAAUGCGAGACGUUGGUGUUCACCAAACGAACCAUGCUUAUGUAUUUAACUCCUAGUCCACAGCCACAUCUGCUCAUUCAAGUGAACAGGUCACCCCCUCUCGAAUGACAUUCACAUCCAAGAUAAACACACAUCUACCAGGCUCAUCUGAAGUAUGUCCUUUAACCGUGGCGAUGAAGAGUUGAAACACUAAGUCUGUUCAGAGAAGUAUUGGUUAAUGCGGAGGGAUCAUUUUUACUUGCCCUAUGUAAAUUCAUGUUAUUCUUCUUUUAAGAUUACAGCGAGAAAUGGAAAUGAAUUACUAGAGCUCCUGAUUAGCUGUAUUAUAUGACGCUGUUCAUCGUUCUUAUAGAAUUAGAAAAUUCUUCUCAUGAAAACAUAAAUAAGUUAUGUUUUUGUUCUCUUUACGUACUAACACCUUUAGUCAUAUACAAGUUAUUCUAGCAUUGAGAUUGAGAAUGGGAACGAAGUUACGCCUUUUUCGCUCUGCUGGUCUUUCAUGGCCUUGUUCAGUGUUGUGUGGAAUUAAAGAAAGGGUAUGCAAAAGUAAAAAAGUGAAUAUUUCAGUAAACACAACCAGUCGCUUCUUGUACUGUCCACUUUCUUUUUCUGUCCUCUCUGUAUGCGUGUCAAGUUUCUUCUCAAAUUUGUUUGAAAACUCAUAAAAAUAUGGCCAAUUCGUCUUUUAUCAGAGAAGGUCAUGGGUUCACGAUUAGCCUGGUUUGGUUUAAGAUGCAAACCAUUCUGAUGUACCGGGGAUUCUGACUUGUGUAAAGGUAGCCUAGAAAAACUGCUCAUUUUUGGAAUACAGCAUACAAAUUAAGAAAUUGUAAACUAUACUGCUGUCUUCAGAAUGCCUUGUCGCAAGUAAUGCUGUAUGUCUAAAGUAUUUAUUUAGUCCUUAAUUUCGAUUUAUAAUCUGUGUUAAUAAUGAUUAUCAUGCUUGUCAAUAUUUUUUACAACUAUAUUGUCCUCUAUUUUUCCAAUGAGCAUCACCAUUAAAUGCAAUAUCAUGCAAAUUGGGGAUUUGUUUAAAUAUCUGUUGUUUAAAUAUCUAUUUUGAUGUUUUCAACAACGCGUUUUUUUUUUACGAAAGAUGUAAAAGAUAACCACAGCUUCUGCCAAAACUUCAGGUUUAGCGUUACUACUUGACCAUAAAACAUGUACACUGGAUCCCCUUAAACAAACUAUGAAACUUUUAGUAAUUUUAAGUAUUUACAUUUUUUUUAUUGCUACUUGUCAUUUUUACUGAAACGAUAUUAAGUAGGCCUAUCAUAGACGAUGCAACAGCAGCGACGCCAUAUUGGUCCAGGCACAUUGUCUUAUAAACGGUGAAAGUGAAUGGGGGACUGCUGUUUUUCUAAAUAAUAAAAACAUUACCCUUUAUAUUUAAAAUAUAUUUCAAAGGCUUACGUGGAGUGCAAAAAAUGCUGUGUUUUCAUAAUGUCUGAUUGGUCGGUCGUUCCUCUCUUUUUUUAUUGAAUAACAAUAUUAUUGUAACCAAUACAAUUAGUGUAACCAAAUUUAUAUACAAAACAAAACAAAACAAAACAGACAAACAAAAAAGAUAUUACGAAAAAGUAAUUAAAAAUUAAAAAUUUUGCUAGGGGAAUAAGCAGUUAUAUAAAUGCAUGAAAAUAGUUACAUGCCUGUAGAAUAUGACAAGCUUUCUGUGGUUUUUGGAGGGUAAGAUUAAGUUAACUAGUAGAUUUUUUCUUCCUUAAAUGCUUUAAAGCAUGGUUUUCCACCAGAAAAUGUACAUUUAUGAAUACAGAAUUUAGCCAUUAAAAUAAUCAAAU